GCGCGGCGGGAGGAGGAGGAGGGAGAGCGGGAGGCGGCCAUGGACGACCUGGGCUGCCCGCGGUGUAAGACCACCAAGUACCGCAACCCGUCCCUGAAGCUGAUGGUGAACGUCUGCGGGCACACGCUAUGCGAGAGCUGUGUGGACCUGCUGUUUGUGAGAGGGGCUGGGAACUGCCACGAGUGUGAUACCCCCCUGAGGAAGAGUAACUUCAGGGUACAGCUCUUUGAGGAUCCUGCUGUUGACAAGGAAGUGGAAAUCCGGAAGAAAGUGCUGAAAAUAUACAAUAAAAGAGAGGAAGACUUUCCCACUCUCGAUGAAUAUAAUGAUUUCUUGGAAGAAAUAGAAGAAAUUGUAUUUAACUUGACCAACAAUGUGGACUUGGAGAACACCAAAAAGAAAAUGGAGCUGUAUCAAAAGGAUAACAAAGAAGUCAUUCAGAAGAAUAAGUUAAAACUGACGCGGGAGCAGGAAGAGCUGGAGGAGGCUCUGGAGGUGGAGCGGCAGGAAAGCGAACAAAGGCGACUGUUCAUGCAGAAGGAAGAACAGCUACAACAGAUGAUAAAAAGGAAGAAUAAACAGGCACUCCUGGAUGAUCUGGAGAGCUCUGAUCUUCCUGCCUCUCUGCUCUUAGCUCAGCAUAAGGACAGAUCUACUCAGCUAGAAAUGCAGCUGGAAAAACCCAAACCUGUCAAACCAGUCACGUUUUCCACUGGCAUCAAAAUGGGUCAGCAUAUUUCAUUAGCUCCCAUUCAAAAGUUAGAGGAAACUUUGUAUGAAUAUCAGCCUCUGCAAGUGGAGACAUAUGGACCACAAGUUCCAGAGCCUGAAAUGCUGGGAAGGCUGGGGUACCUCACCCACGUUCGAGCCGCCUCUCCACAGGACCUGGCCGGGGGCUACACGUCCUCCCUGGCUUGUCACCGCGCCCUGCAGGACGCUUUCAGCGGGCUCUUCUGGCACCCCAGUUAGCCAGGGAGCGCCGGCCUGUGACCAAGGGACACCCAGCGGGGCGAGGAGCGACCCAAGCCAGCAAAGGUGGGGCAGGGUUGCUGCCAUCUGCACCAGCCGGGCUGCGCUCACUGCUCUGUGCACUCCUCUGGUGCAAAACCAGCUGUGUUUAAGUGUUAAAGGGAAAAAACAAACCCUGUCUGCACGAGAGCUUUGUAAAAUGGUAGAUACAUUCUUGUGGAGGGGGAAACUCGUUAGUCAUGUGGCACUUUGCUGAGGGAGGCUGAAGAAAUAAGCCACAUCUAAUGGAAGAUGUGAAUAACUCAGCUGUGUACGUUUGAGGCUUAAAGAAAUACACUUGUAAACUUUUUUAAAAUAAAGCCAGACUUUAUUAAA